GAACGUAGCGACGCAAUGACGUCACUUAAAAGCGCCACAACCUUCAGUGAGAAUAUAUAAUUUUUCUCUUUACAGUGCGAUAUUAUAAUUGUAUCAUUUCUAGACAUGCAGAGAGCCGCGAAGUGUGCUUUGAGACCCGACCUCAGUGUUGUUUUCUGUCCGUCAAGCGUAAGGAACUGUCGUGCAGUAAACAGAGUAAAUGGCUCCGUGUUAUGUAGAAGAUACAGCGUCCUUCCUCCACCACGUGACGAAGAGGAGAAAGCCAUGCUGGACAGGAUGUUGAGGGUUGACCAUGCAGGAGAGUACGGAGCCAAUCGCAUCUACGCUGGGCAGAUGGCAGUUCUCGGACGAACUCAGACAGGGCCUCUAAUCCAAGUAUUGAACCAUAUGUGGGAUCAAGAGAAAAUACAUUUGGAAAAGUUUAAUGAGAUCCUGGGUGAGCAUCGGGUUCGACCAACAUUAUUGUUGCCGCUAUGGAAUGUCGCUGGGUUUGCAUUAGGGGCCUGUACUGCUCUUCUGGGUAAGGAAGGAGCCAUGGCCUGCACUGUUGCUGUAGAGGAAAGCAUCUCAGAGCACUACAACAGCCAAAUCCGAACACUCAUGGAGACUGAUCCAGAGAGAUAUACAGAGUUAUUACAGAUUAUUAAAGAAUUUCGUGACGAUGAAAUUGAACAUCAUGACACAGGAUUGGAGCACGACGCUGAGUCGGUGCCAGGAUAUUUUCUUUUGAAAACAGCAAUACAGAUUGGCUGUAAAGCUGCUAUCUAUAUUUCUCAGCGUAUUUAGAGUCAUUUUAACAAUGCGUGACAUGUAAAUAUUGUUUUGUUUCUGUUAUUCAUGUAUAGUAAACAGUUGAUGUAAAGAGAGCACAUUUUGAAAGAGUUUAAAAGAUGCUGAAAGAAAACUUUUGACAAGUUUUACAGUUAAAAAAUACAAACAUAAUAUGCCUUUUGUCUCUCAAAACUGUAUAUUUGCCCCAAAUAAAUUUGUGUUCACAAAA